AAGCAAGUCAUUGUCAACGCCGAUGCGCCCUGGGAUACUUAACUGUCGAGUCGCGGGUGCAGGCCUGGAGCCAUUUGUGGCGUUAUCCCCACGUGUUGUCCCUUGUUUUCCCCCACGACGUGUCUGAACGCGCCUCGCGUCCUGUCCUUCUCAUAUCCCCGACGCGCCGUACUCCCCGUCAUCUUCAUCUUCUUGUCCGUCCCACUCAACUGACUCGCCAUGAAUCUCACGCUCUACACGAUCUCCGCCUUCAUCAUCAUGGACAGCGAGGGGCAUCGCGUCCUCGCCAAGUACUAUAGACCAAAGAGCGCGGAGGCGCUGGCACCGUUGGGGGCGAAAGCUAGCAGCCUGACAACACUGAAGGACCAAAAGGCGUUUGAGAAGGGCUUGUGGGGGAAGACGAAGAAGGCUGGAGGCGAUAUCAUCUUGUACCAAGACCACCUCGCAGUCUACCGCCAUUCCCUCGACCUCAUCAUCUACUUUGUCGCGUCUCCGGCGGAAAAUGAGUUGAUGCUGUCAACAGCACUCAACUCCCUCGUCGACGCGUUCAACCUCUUGUUACGGGGGCAGCUUGAGAAACGCGCCGUGCUCGAGAACCUCGAUCUGAUCUUGCUAUGCCUCGACGAGGCCGUCGACGAUGGUAUCAUCCUCGACACCGACUCCACCGCACUUGCGUCCCGCGUAUCACGAUCAAAGGCGGACACGACGGAGAUCGUCAUCAACGAGCAAACGGUCAUGAACGCGUUGCAAAUCAUGGGCGAGCGCGUCCGCGGGCAAAUUGCGCGUGGCCUCUAGAAGACCACGUCGCGGCGUCUAGGAGCUCGCUCGUAGCAUUCCACUGUGUAUCCUCAUUGUCCAUAUUGCAUUCUUGACCCUCCCAGCCUCGUCUACAACUUUGCCAGUGCUCGCGACGACGAGAAUAUCGUAGCGCCCAAGGACGAAGGAGGGGGGAGGACACGGAGAGGGGCGCUGAGGGGAGGACACGGAGAGGGCCGCUGGGAGCGGGGGAGGAAGGCCCUCGAGAAGGGCGGGGAGACGGAGAAAAAGAAGAAGAGCAAGAAGGGGGACGAGAAGGGGCCGCGGCACUUGUUGGCGGGCAGCU